AACAUAACCUAAAAUACCACAAGAUCAAAAAAUUAUUGUGAAAUAAAUAUCCUAGAUGGAUAAUCUAUUUUACAUAACUGCUACACACUACAGAAUAAUGUAAGGAGAAAAUCAUGACAUUAGUUACCAAAAAAACAACACAGGAGAGUGUAAGUUUGCUUAGUCAGGUCAAAUAUGAACAUUUAGUAGCUGGAUUAUCGGGUGGCAUAACUUCAACCCUGGUCUUACACCCAUUAGACGUGAUUAAAAUAAGAUUUGCAGUGAAUGAUGGGAGACUACAAUCUACGCCCAAAUAUAAAGGAAUUGCGAAUGCUUUUUUGACUAUCUUUAGACAAGAAGGUAUCAGAGGAUUGUAUCAAGGAGUGACACCGAAUGUAUGGGGAGCCGGAGCAUCUUGGGGCUUGUAUUUUUUCUUUUAUGAUUCUAUGAAAAACUGGUUGAAAGAAGGUAACGUAGAUACCAAGUUAAGUGCAGGUACACACCUUUUAGUGGCUUCCCAGUCAGGGUUUAUGACAUUACUCUUAACCAAUCCUGUUUGGGUAGUCAAAACCAGAUUAUGUCUCCAAUAUGCCGGCCACAAGAAGUAUGAUGGUAUGGUUGAUGCUUUGGUGAAAAUUUACCAAAAAGAAGGUUUCAGAGGAUACUACAAGGGACUUGUGCCGGGUAUAUUCGGGGUCUCCCAUGGUGCUGUGCAAUUUAUGGUAUACGAAGAAUUAAAGAAAGAGUAUUGUUCCUAUAGUUCACUGCCACUAAGUACAAAGUUAGGUACUAUUGAAUAUUUAACAUUUGCAGCAACUUCUAAGCUAAUAGCAGCAGCUACUACAUACCCUUACCAAGUUAUACGAGCAAGAUUACAGAAUCAGCACUACAGUUAUGCAGGAGCACUAGACUGUAUCAAACAAACGUGGCUGUAUGAAGGCUGGAAAGGAUUUUAUAAAGGUUUGGGUACAAAUUUAUUGAGGGUGAUACCUGCUACUAUGAUAACUUUUGUUACUUAUGAGAAUGUUUCAUAUAUGUUGUUAAAGGAAAGCAAUAUUUGAAAAAUAGUGCUUGAACAGUGUAGCAGUUGUCAUUGACAAAGUAGAUUUUUAAAUAUAUGUACACAUUUUUUUUGUAGAUCUAUAAUACUAUUAUAAAUAUUAUAAUACUGUU